GGCCUCCACGUAAGUCUUGCUUCACCAUCUAGCUACUCAAUCCUCUCAAGACUUAAGCUAGCUAGAGGGAGGUCACUCUUGCUUAUUCUUCGCUUCUUAAUUAGCUUGUAAUGAUCUUCAUCUUCUUUAAGGCCUAGCUAGCUUUCAUAAUUCAUAUGCAGAAAUCAAUGGCCUUUUAAUCAGUCAGCAUUUUGAGUACAUACUUAUAGUUGGUUAGUAUUGUAUUAUACUAGUUACAGAGUGAAAAUGAUGUACGAUUCGAUACUUGCCAGAAGCUUCAGUCGGCAUGAGCAGAAGAAACUAGGAUAUGGAGCCUUUCUUUGCUGCUUGUUCUUAGCAUUGUGCUUUUGCACAGUGCUGAAGCCUAGUUUGAAUCCUCUACCAGCUUUGAACUUGCAGCGAUCACUCGGUGUCAGAAACAAGAUACUGGCACUAAUGGAGUCGAACAAGGAAUAUUCAAACAGCUCUGAGCAUGUCAUGGAAAUCAAAGUUAUUGAUCACAUCAUAGAAACAGAAGAGUUCAAAAAUGUGAGUCACAUUUAUAAAGAUGAAGUAGAAGAUUCUAACCAAAAGCAGAAGAAUGAAAGCAAGGACAGUGUUACUACUAGUCCCAUUUUUAGCAGCAGUGAUGAUGAUGAUCAUGAGGCAAAGGUUGUUGAAGUUGUGAUGACAAAGAGUGUGGAGCCAAUUAUUUGCAAUGUCAAGCAACCAAGAUCUGAAUAUUGCGAGGUCAACGCAGGUGCUCGGGUUGAUGGUAAAUCAGCCUCAGUUAUUGUUGCUUCAUCUCAACAGGAGAUGUCAUCAGCAGGCAAUAGCUCCUGGACUAUAAGAACUUAUGCUCGGAAAGAAGAUACAACAGCGAUGAGUCAUGCUCGGAAAUGGUUUGUGAAACAAGCAAGCACUGAUGACCAAGAAAUUCCUCAAUGUGGUCGGAAUCAUAAUGUUCCAGCCAUCCUGUUUUCAAGUGGAGGAUACACUGGAAACCAUUUCCAUGACUUCACUGAUGUGGUCAUUCCUCUCUUCAUUACUUCUCGAAAAUACAAGGGUGAAGUUCAAUUUCUUGUCACCGAUAAACGACCGUUUUGGAUUGAAAAGUUCAAAGCAAUACUAAAAGGAUUGUCCAACUAUGAGUUCAUUGACAUUGACAAUGAGCAAGUAGUCCAUUGCUUCCCAAGCCUAACAGUUGGCCUCAUACGACACGAAAAAGAGCUGAGCAUCAAUGAUCCUUCAAAAUAUUCACAUACUAUGAAAGACUUCAGAGAGUUUCUGAGGAAAACCUACUCCUUGAAGAAGGUUAAUGCAAUUAGAGUCAGGGAUGGUCAGCGCAAAAAGCCACGGCUUCUGAUCAUCCCAAGGAAGAGAACAAGGUCUUUCACAAAUACAGGAAGGAUUAUGAGAAUGGGAAAACACUUGGGGUACAAGGUAAGUGUGGCAGAGGGUAACUCGGACGUUGCGAAAUUUGCACAAUUGGUAAACUCUUGUGAUGUGUUGAUGGGAGUUCAUGGAGCUGGCCUCACAAACAUUCUUUUUCUUCCAGACAAUGCAGUCUUCAUCCAAAUACUUCCGGUUGGAGGGUUUGAAUGGCUAGCAACGACAGAUUUUGGAGAGCCUUCGCAGGAUAUGAAUCUCAAGUACUUGGAGUAUAAGAUAAGCAAUGAGGAGAGCACAUUGAUAGAGCAAUACCCGCUUGACCAUGCAGUUUUUACUGACCCCUAUUCUAUUGGAAAACAGGGGUGGGAAGCAUUCAAGGCAAUCUUUUUGAAUAAGCAAAAUGUAAAGCUCAACGUCAAUAGGUUCAAACCCACUUUGUUAAAAGCCCUUGAGCUGCUGCAUCAUUAGCCCAUUGUUUGGUUUCUAGAGGAAAAAAAGGUCCUCUAGGUCCUGUUACUUCAUGUAGUUCUUUUUCGUUUUGUCCAUGUUUAUUAGCCAAGUAUUGCAUCUCGUUGUUGGAGAGGCCUCUUUGUAUAGAACUUAAUUGAGGAAGAAGCAUUUAUGAAAAUUUAAAAGCUUUCUAGCUUUUG